GAUUAAAAAUUAACCCAAGAACUAUAAACACAAAUAUUCAAAAUAAGGAGAAAAAACAAAGUCAAAUCUUCCUUCUCUCUCUGGUCCUCGAUUUAGAUUUCUUCUUCUCACUCUGCUGUUUCUAGGGUUUACAAAAAUUGCGAAAUUAUCAAUGAGUCUGAGUCGUUAAUUCGAGAACAAACUGAUACUGAAAUGGCCGCGGCGAGGAACGUGAACGUGGUGAUUGGCGACGGCUUGAGGACACUGAGAGACGAGGAGAAUGGAACUGGCAAAGCUAGAGAAGGAGAAGAAUCGCCGACGGCGAAGCGCUUCAAAUCGGAUAGAUUUCCUCUUACACGGUGGGAAUUCGCGGCGUUUUUUGCUGUAUUCAUGUUGUUUUCGAGCGGUCUCUUCUGUGUUUACCUCACAAUGCCUCCUGCUGAGUUUGGAAAGCUCAAGCUCCCACGCACUGUCUCUGAUCUUCGGUCGCUGAAGAAUAAUCUUGCAACGUAUGCAGAGGAUUACCCAGCUCAGUUCAUUCUAGGAUACUGCUCAACCUAUAUCUUUAUGCAGACAUUUAUGAUUCCUGGAACUAUUUUUAUGUCAUUGUUGGCUGGAGCUCUUUUUGGUGUUGUUAGAGGUCUUAUGUUAGUUGUAUUCAAUGCUACUGUGGGAGCUUCUUCUUGUUUUUUUCUCUCUAAGUUGAUGGGCAGGCCUUUGGUUGGUUGGUUGUGGCCUGAAAAAUUAAGAUUUUUCCAGGCAGAGAUAGCAAAACGAAGGGAAAAGCUGCUCAAUUACAUGCUAUUUUUGAGGAUAACUCCAACAUUACCCAAUCUUUUUAUCAAUUUGGCGUCUCCUAUUGUUGACAUACCGUUUCCUAUUUUCUUUUCUGCAACAUUGAUUGGCAUAAUCCCAGCUUCCUACAUCACUGUCAAAGCUGGUAUUGCACUUGGAGAUCUCAAGUCAGUCAAGGAUUUAUAUGAUUUUAAGACACUGUCUGUACUUUUCCUUAUUGGCUCUGUCAUCAUAUUUCCUACUCUUCUAAAGAGAAAGCGAAUUUAUGAAUGAAGGAUCCGAAAAGGGAUAGAGCUAUAGCUUUUCAGUGGCAGUUCUUUUUGGCCAAAGCAUUGAAGAGGCAGGUCUCCAUUGACCACUAUAUUAAACUGGUUUAUUACCCUCUCCUUGAAGGCAGAAACAAAAUACGAAGUCAUCCGAUUGCUUUAAUUUUUUUCUUAUCCUUUACAUAAUUUGAUUAAAUCACCUCCCAAUAUAGAUCAUAUUGAAAAUGGGAGUCUGAAAUUUCGUAGAAAAAAAUGUUCCUUAUACUCUUCUUUAUCUGGCCAUAGUGCUGCCAUCCAUUAGUAACAAGGGCAGGAAUGUAGUAAUCAGCUGUAACAGCACUAUGGCCUAUCUGUGCAGGUUCUCAUUCUGUUGUAACUGAUCCAUGAAUGCGGGCAUGGUUGCAAAUUGCAGGAAAAUAUGUGUAAGUAUAAUAUGCUGAAAAUUUUGCAUUUGAUACAUAAUAUGAAGUUAUCAAGUAGUUUUUUUUCC